CUUAGGGGAGGUGGAGCCGGGUUGGCCCCACGGGCUUUUCCGGACUCCAGAUUGAUUGAUGGUGUACUCUGAAAGAUGCCCUGAAGUGUGGGUGGCCAGCGGUGGAGUCCGGGUCAGGGAUCUUAACAGAGGGGAGCAAAGAGUCACCAGGCGCCAGGCUUCACGUUUGAAAACUAGCAGGAUAGACGGGAGCCUUGAUGAAGCGGGCAGGAGGCCGAUGUCCCCGGUGCACAGCUUGACAUCUCUCAGGGUGCCGGAGCAGGAUGUACACGCUGCUUUCGGGGCUGUACAAGUACAUGUUCCAGAAAGAUGAAUACUGUAUCCUGAUCCUGGGCCUGGACAAUGCUGGGAAGACGACCUUCCUGGAACAGUCAAAAACACGGUUUAACAAGAACUACAAGGGGAUGAGUCUAUCCAAAAUCACCACUACCGUGGGUCUAAACAUUGGCACUGUGGAUGUCGGAAAGGCUCGUCUCAUGUUUUGGGACUUAGGUGGACAGGAAGAGCUGCAGUCUUUGUGGGACAAGUACUAUGCAGAGUGCCAUGGUGUCAUCUAUGUCAUUGAUUCCACCGAUGAGGAAAGACUGUCAGAAUCCAAAGAGGCAUUUGAGAAGGUGGUUUCGAGUGAAGCAUUGGACGGUGUUCCCAUCCUGGUGUUGGCCAACAAGCAGGAUGUGGAGACCUGCCUCUCCAUUCCUGACAUCAAGACUGCAUUCAGUGACUGUACCUGCAAGAUUGGCCGGCGAGACUGUCUGACCCAGGCCUGCUCUGCCCUCACAGGCAAAGGAGUUCGAGAGGGGAUCGAAUGGAUGGUGAAGUGUGUCGUGCGGAAUGUUCACCGGCCACCACGGCAGAGGGACAUCACAUAA